AUGGGCGGAGAAACCAGCAAGCCACCGAAUCUUGACAAUCUCUUGAAUUUAGAUGGUUAUCUGUACAACUACCAGGGAGAAAUCAUCCGCAGAUAUUCAGUUUUUAGGGAAUAUGUAAAAAAGAUAGAAGAGGUACCAUAUAAAACCUAUGCAUUCAGUCUGUGUGGUGGCUGGGAAUCUUUCACGUCGGGCUAUCUGGAAUAUGGGAUUACUGUUAUGCAGGAUAAUUCUGUACGUUGUUUUGAAUGGGCGCCUGGUGCUGAAGCGCUAUCUCUUGUCGGAAACUUCAAUUCCUGGAAUACGGAAUCGCAUCCUUACAAGAAACUAGAGUAUGGAAAAUGGGAGCUUAUCAUUCCAGCCAAAGAAGACGGCUCUUGCCCUAUACCUCAUAACUCUAUUGUGAAAGUAGCAGUGAAGAAAAAUGGCAAUUUUCGCAUGAAACUUUCUCCAUGGGCCAAGUACGUGACGAGGCCCAAAGACUCCAUUAUCUACCAUCAAAACUUUUAUAAUCCCCCACCUGAAGAAGCCUAUGUGCAAAAGUUCCCUAAACCUUCGAAGCCCGAAUCUCUGAGGAUUUACGAGGCUCAUGUUGGAAUAUCCAGUUGGCAAGGGAAAAUAAAUUCGUAUAGGGAGUUUGCUGAUGAUGUGAUACCUCGGAUUUGUAAGCAAGGUUGUGUAUUCGAAAUAGUACUGUACAGUUUUCUUGACAAUAGCUUUUCUAAAGGUUAUAAUUCGAUACAGUUAAUGGCUGUGAUGGAACACGUUUACUACGCAAGCUUUGGUUACCAGGUCACAAGCUUCUUUGCACCUGCAAGUCGAUGUGGCACUCCAGAUGACUUGAAGUAUUUGGUCGACAAAGCUCAUGAAGCCGGACUGUUUAUGCUUCUAGAUGUCGUGCAUUCUCAUGCAUCGAAAAAUGUAGACGAUGGGUUAAACGAAUUUGAUGGAACACAGGGAUGUUACUUCCACGAUAAUGCUAGAGGUGUUCACACGUUAUGGGAUUCCAGGCUUUUCGAUUAUACUCAGAUAGAAACUUUACGAUUUUUGUUAUCCAAUCUGCGGUGGUGGAUCGAUGAAUUUGGUUUUGAUGGAUUUCGUUUUGAUGGAGUUACCUCAAUGCUGUAUCAUACUCACGGAAUUGCUGAUGCUCUGGAUGGCGGCUAUGACAUGUAUUUCGGCCUUAAUGUUGAUACGGAUUCGUUAGUUUACCUUAUGCUGGCCAACUCGUACUUACACAAGAAGUAUCCAAACAUUAUCACGAUUGCUGAGGAAGUCAGUGGUAUGCCAGCGCUCUGCAGGCCUGUUGAAGAAGGCGGACAGGGCUUCGAUUACCGUUUGGCUAUGGCUUUACCAGAUAUGUGGAUUAGACUUUUAAAGCAUAAGAGCGACGAAGAUUGGGAUAUUGGAAAUAUUGUUUUUACUCUAGAGAACAGAAGGUAUGGUGAAAAAAAUGUAGCUUAUGCUGAAUCGCACGACCAGGCAUUAGUUGGCGACAAGACUAUUGCUUUUUGGCUUAUGGACAAGGAAAUGUAUGACUUCAUGUCUGAAACAACUCCUUUAACGCCAAUCAUUGAGCGUGGUAUCGCACUACAUAAGUUGAUCCGUCUCAUUACAUAUGGUCUUGGAGGAGAAGCUUGGUUAAAUUUUAUGGGGAAUGAAUUUGGGCACCCUGAAUGGUUAGAUUUCCCACGGCUGGGCAACAACGAAUCUUUCCACUAUUGUAGACGGCAGUGGCAUCUAGUAGAUGAUGAUCUGCUAAGGUACAAAUAUUUGAAUAACUGGGACAGAGAGAUGAAUGAAGUGGAGAAAAAACAUCAUUUUCUAAGUCGCGGUCCUGCUUAUACUUCUUGGAAACAUCAGGACGACAAAGUGAUUGCCUUUGAGCGAGCUGGAUUAGUGUUUAUUUUCAACUUCCACACCAAUAAAAGUUUCGCAGAUUAUAAAAUUGGGGUUGAAGUGCCUGGAAUAUACGAAAUUAUUUUGGACAGUGACGACCAUCAAUUUGGAGGUCAAGGGAGGCUGGACCAUAGUCAACGAUUCCACACUUUCCCAGAAGGUUAUGCUGGGAGACGUAAUCAUAUCUGCGUUUACAUCCCAUGUCGGACAGCCAUUGUCCUUGCUAAAAGUGAUCAUUAA